AUGAUCAGCAAAAGCACUGAUAUACCACACAAUGUUAUGGAAUUUGAAGAUGAAUGUUUUUUUGAUUUCGUAAAAGUAUUUGCUGGCGACAAGUUGGCUGCUCUUCUUAAAUUUCAGGAUAUUAGUAAUGUAAAUUGUCUUUUAGCGUGCAAUGAUCCUUUUGAAAUUUUAUCAUAUGAUUCCGAUGAUUUACUUGAUUUAAAAAAGAAAACAUCUAUUAAAUUAAAUAGUAAUUCAUUUGUUGUUUUACGAGGAAUUAAAAGUAAAAUGAUGUUAUUAAAAAAUGCAUUAACAAAAAAAUGUAAUGAAUUAAAAAAACAAACAACAAAAAUAUCAUCAAAUAUUAUGAUGACAAAUAAUACAGCUUCCAUUAGUUUAAUAAUUGACCAUUCUACUAAUUCUACAUGUUCAUCUGAACAAGAAUUAGCAAAUAAUUCUUCAUCAUCUGGAACCACUUCAAAUUUUGAAGAAAAUGUUAAAAAACAUUUAAUUAAGUUACUCAAUGAGUAG